AUGUCCUUACCUCCUUUUGCUUCUUGGAAUGUGAGAGGAUUUAACCACCCUCUCAAAGUUACUAUGUGCAAAGACCUCAUCUCUUCCCAUAACCUCAAGCUUCUUGGUAUAUUAGAAGCUAAAAUUCAUCCUUCUAUGUCUUCGGAUCUUUGGUUCUGUCAUUGCCACAAGCUUUUUGAGAAUGAAUUGUGCUGUGACAAUUUUGCUUUUUCAAAUCCUGGUAGGAUUUGGCUCAAGUGGGACUCCAUGGCUGUUUCCUUUUCUCCUUCCUUCAUUUCUUCUCAGAUCAUUCAUGGGAUGUUUUCCUCUAGCUCCUCCCCUCCGAUCUUAUUAUCCGUCAUUUAUGCCGCUAAUCAGCCGGAAGAUAGGAAGGUUCUCUGGGACAAUCUUCUUCAAAUUUCUCAAAGCAUUCAUCUUCCCUGGGCUGUCUUGGGAGAUUUUAACUGUUACAGGUAUGAUUAUGAGAAGGUUGGGGGAACCCCUUUACCUCAAGGCCGUUUGGGGGAGUUUAGCAAUUUUAUUUUUAACUAUGGGCUUCAAGACCUUUCCUCAGUUGGUCUCCUUUAUACCUGGUUUAAUCAAAGGGUUUAUUUGCCCAUUCACAUUAAGCUCGAUAGAAUUUUGGUGAAUUCUGAAUUUCUUGAUUUCUUCCCUACUGCUCAUUACAAGGUGGAUUCUUCCUUCGGUUCUGACCAUUCUCCCCUUAUUCUGCUGGCUAACAAUGUUAACAAAACCAUCUCUAGGUUCAUGUUCAAGAAAUUUUGGCUUAAUAUGGAUGGUUUUUGGGAGGUUUUGCUUACUGCUUUUAACUGUCCUAAUAUGGAUAGCCCUAUCUCUCUAAGAGCCAUCAGAUGCAAUGCCUUAAUGCCUUACAAUCUUCUCCUCUGGACCAUGCUUGCUCAGAGGGAAGAUGAUCUUGAUUUUCUUUAUGCUAAAAUUAGAUCUAGAGCCAACAGGAAUUUGAUUAAAGAAAUCUCCUCUAGCCGGGGCAUUAUUACUGGACAUCACAAUAUUGCGGUGGAGCUUAUUGAGCAUUUCAAAGGCCUUUUCAAUGCCACUAAUCACUUUAGGAAUGACUCUUUGUCUAUUCUUGUUGGUAAUAUGGUUCCCUCCUCCUUUUGUAACUCUCUUGUUGAGCCUUUUACUGACAAUGAUAUUAAAGUCGUGGUUUUUGCUGGAAAACCUGAUUCUGCUCCCGGCCCGGAUGGUUUUUCCUUCAGUUUCUAUCAACAAGCUUGGCACAUUAUUGGGUAUAAACUUUGUAUUGCUGUUACGCAUUGUUUUGCUACUGGGGACAUGCCCAAAGGGGCUAAGGCUACGGCUAUCACUCUCAUUCCUAAAGGAUCACAUGCUUCUAGUAUUUCUGAUUUCAGGCCGAUUUCUCUUUGUAAUGUUUUUUAUAAAAUUAUGGCUAAACUUAUUGCUAAUAGACUUAAGCCUAUCUUACCCCUUAUUAUCCAUGAUAGCCAAGCGAGUUUCAUUGCUAAUAGACAGUCCAUGGACAACAUUAUCUUGUCUAAUGAGUUGCUUAAGGUUUUUAAAGGCCCACAAAAGUUUUUUUGUGCUAAACUUGAUAUUAAAAAGGCUUUUGAUUCGGUUUCUAGAAAUUUUCUGCUUCACAGAUUGAAACUUAAAGGCUUCCCGGACAAAUUCAUUGAUUGGAUCAAAGGUUGUAUCAGUAAUGUCCAUUUCUCUAUUUGCCUUAAUGAUUCUCUUGAAGGUUUCUUUAGCUCCUUGUCUGGUCUCCGCCAAGGGUGUCCUCUUUCACCCUUACUUUUUUGCAUUGCUAUGGAUGGACUUUCUCAAUGCCUUCAACAUUCUUCUUUUGUCGGGCUGAAUCAAGGAUCCUUUUCUAUUAAGCACCUCAUGUAUGCUGAUGACCUCUUGGUCUUUGGGUUGGCCUCUCAAGCUAACUUGGUCUGUCUUAAGGAUACUUUGCUCCUUUUUUCUGAAGAUUCUGGACUUUAUAUUAACCCCUCUAAGAGCUCUAUUCUUUUCUCUAAGAUGGUGGGAAAUGCUGAUUUCCUUGCCUCUAUUUUGGGUAUCUCCUCCAUUGAGAAUUCUAUCACUUACUUGGGGCUUCCUAUCACCUACAAUAGACUUAAUUUCACUCACUUCCAACCCCUUCUGAGCAGAAUUUCUGCUCUACUUGAGGGUUGGAAAGUUGCAGAUGCUUGCAAUUUCUCAAUGCUUUGGGACCCUUGGUUUUGUGGUGAUUCUUUGGGUAAUCAUUUAUACGAUGCUGCUCUGGUUGACUGUGAGGUUAUGGAUUUUAUUUCUAAUGGGCCUUGGAACCUACCUGAUGGGUGGCCAGUGGAUAUUAAACAGAAAAUUCUUACCAUUUCUGUUGAGGAAGUCUCUGGUGUGGAUUGGGCUGGUAUUUCUAAGCCUUCUUUUAAGACUUUUACUUCCCAUUUUUUUGAUAAUCUGGAGGAUGUAAGCCGGUUUAAGUUCAUUUGGCAUAAAAAGAAUGCUUUGAGGUAUGCUUGUUACUCUUGGAUGGCUAUUAAUGGAAAGCUUAAAUGUGCUGACAAGCUUAUUUAUAGGGGAAUCCCGGCUUCUCCUAUUUGUGACUUUUGUAGGGGGCAUAAUGAGUCUCACUCACACCUUUUCUUUAGUUGUGAUUUUACAUUUACUGUUAUCUCUUCCUUGCUGCCUGCCCUCAAAUGCUUCUAUUUUAGGCCUAAUUUAUACCAAGUUUAUGAUUUUUUCAACUGCAAUGCCAACUUUAAUGCUUCAGAGAAAAAUUGUUGUUUUCUGGCUAUUUCUGUGGCUGUGUACUACAUAUGGAGGGAACAAAAUGUUAGGAGAUUCACUAAUUCGUGGAACAGUCCAGAUUAUGUUAAAACAAUUAUUACUUCUGCCAUUCAUACUAAAAUUGGUAAACGGAAAGCUGAUGAUAAGUUGGUGGACCAUUUUAAGGAAUUUAUGUUGUAA